GGGAGCAAAGUCUGUGUCGUUACACUUCACUUUAUUAGAGAGGGGAUGUAGUGUACUGCUGAACACUAUUAGUAAAAAGUAAUCACUCGAGCUAUUAUUGACGCCCUUUUAAUUUUGGUUUAAUUGCGUAAGAUACGAAGUUUCAUCAUACUGUGAAAGCCAUGACGUCCAACUACGUUCAUGGUGGUUCAGGAAUCCAGAACAGUAUGCUUUCGUGCACUUUGAAAAAUCUGUCACUCGGGUCCAAUCAACUUACUCAGAUGAAUGAUCAAACUAACUCGAUGUGUAUGACUCCACCGGCUACACAAAUGAAUUUUCUUCGUCCUAUUCCUGGUGCAUCUAGUGAGGCUGUCUUCCUAAGCACACAUCGUCCAGCUUCUGGCCGUACGUUGGGGAUAGCGGAUUUCCUUUCGCUGAAUACCACUUCCACUAACAGACCCUCUGUAUUGUCCACUGUAUCUAUUUCGAAAGCAUCACCCGCCCCACAAAAUGGACAGUCGACGAGAGCUCCUGAAAGGGUGGCUUUAACAUCAAAAGCGGUAGUCCCGGGAAACCAUGGAUUUGCCAGCAUGCUCCGUCCCCGAGGUCCUGGUGUUUCUUCUUCUCGUGUCCUUUCCAACUUACCAGAUAGCCGGCAGAUCCCGUCAAACUCUGAGAUUUGUUCAUCCUUCUUCUCUAAUCGAUUUGGCGGCACAGCCAGCGACAGUCUUACAACGGAUAGAAUAAAUCAUCCAACCGUCACUCACUCUAACUCACCUACAUCUGCAUUUGACAAUAUGUUGACCUCUCCACAUUCGUUUGAAAAUUUUCUACCACCGAAUUUAAGACAGCUAACACAGCCUGGACAAUCUCAUAUACAAAAUUCAUCAGGUUCCUCACUAAACUCCUGUCAUUCUGACACUCCAUUGCCUCCCGAAAUGCGACCUGACACUCACCUCACCCCUUUCAGUGACUCCCAGUGUGUUCUUCCCAUUACUGCCUCUCAAUUCUAUUCCAGUCAUCAUUUUGAAAAUACUAAAAAACUCCAGGCCUCUGGUAGCCUUAAAGUCGCUCCUUGGAUUCUUGUCCCACCAGUUCCUGAGGGCACUGCAGCUCAUAUGAGAACAGGAAGAGUUCAUGAAGCUAAGCCAAACUUGUUCAACAACCCUGCAUUUGGUCCCAUCAUAAUUGAUGAUGACUUCAAGCACGCACUGCACAGUAAACUUCAAGCUUGCUUGUUCAUGGCUGAUGAGUCCAUAAAGGAAAAAUUACCUCGCAACCUAGGAGCUUACACUGACCUCGUUCCUCUAGAAAUUUUAGAUCAACCAAGAGUAUCAGUUACAUUUGGCCUUCCUGGAGUCUGUUUUAAAGCUUGGUCUCCUCGAUUUAGUCGAUAUAUGCUUCUUCGACGCAUAAUUUUACCACCUGAUCAUGAAGCAGCUCUAUCAUCUGAUGCUUUUUAUUUAGCUAAACAACUAUCUGAUUUAAAUCAUUCUGCUGUUGUUGGAUUUCGGGAUGUAUUUUUCACUGAUGCAUUUGCUGAUAACUCGGUUAUCCUGGUUUAUGAAUACAUACCUUGUUCAUCAACUCUACAACAAAUUCAUAUGAGUGAUCCAUUGAAACUAACUAGUUUUACUUCGCCUUUCAGUAUUGGUCGUACAGUGUUACCUCAUAGUGCCAUAAAAAGUGCUCCAUCUGAUCUCGGAAUGCCUCAUGAGUCUGUUAUGUGGUCAUAUUUAAUUCAAUUAACCAGUGGUUUGCGUUUUAUUCACCAAACAUUUCACCGAUCAUGUGGUAUACUGGAUCCUACUAAAGUGUUAUUACAAGAUGGACCGCGGUAGAAUUCUGUUUUUUAGCACUAAAAUUUUAUAAUUUUAUCUUUACAUUUUUUAAAAUUUAUAUCCAAAUGUCAUAUGUUAUGUGUGUACUGCAAACUUAUGAUGAAUAUGAUAUCAUACAUUGUUUACUUCGAGUAAAUGGCAAUCACACUAGAAAAUUAUUUAAUUUUGGAGGGAUUACAACAUAAAAAAAUCUGUAGGCUUCUGUGUUGAAUUUUAAAAGAAAUGUGUCUGACAUUCUAGUCUUUGUUUAAUUUCUUUGGCCGGUCGAAUUCCUAACAUCGCGCUUCAUAUUCAUCUGACGUCAAACCUGAAUGUUUCUGCUUGUCACUCAAACAAACACAAACACUAUUGGUACUAUUUGUUGAUAAUUUUCGUACUUCUGAUUAAAACUAUAUUUAAAGUUUGCGAAUCAAUUGUUUCGGUUUAAAGGAUAUUCUGUUCUAUUCUGCACAAGAUACCAAUUUAGUAGAAAGUCAGGCAGCUGACUUUAUACAACUUGGCAAAUUAAUGAUAGGAGUUGCUUGUGGUACAGUUGCAGCUGUACAGGCUAGUCAACGGGCUUCUUCAUUCAACCUACUUCAGCGUGCAUACCGACCAGAAUUAGUCACUCUUAUUCGAAGUUUAGUAUCAGGACAGAUAUCAGGAGCAGAUCAACUAAUGCGGGCUACUGCACCAUUUGCAUUCAAUCACCUAACACGGUUAUAUGAUCAUUCAGAUCUCUUGGAAAGUCAAUUAUUAUUGGAACUGGAAUGUGACAGACUUUUCCGACUCAUCUGUAAACUUCAAUCUAUUGUGGAGCGUUGCGAAUGGCAGAAAAUACGAUAGUCAGAUUCAAUUGAAUAUAUGUAUUCAGAACCAACGUUAAUUUUUAUACCAAUUUUUCAGGAUUGUUGCAAGAUACCAUAAUCAGGGUACUUCCCCAGAAUGGUCUGAAACAGGUGAUCGUUAUAUGUUGAAAUUAUUUCGAGAUUUCGUAUUUCACCAAUCUGAUCCUCUUGGUGCUCCAUACUUAGAUCUUGCACAUAUUAUUACUACAUUGAACAAGGUUGAAGCUGCUUCACCCGAACGUCUUUGUCUAGUCAGCCGUGAUAGUCAAAAUGUGAUUAUUGUCACCUAUGCAGAUAUUAAACAAUGGUUAGAUACAAGUUUUUCUUAUCUAGUGGAUAAACAUCGUCAGAGUCAAUGUGAACUACAAUUGACACGUCAACGAAAUGCUCGCCAACAACAACAGGAGAUCUCCAAUCCCGGAAGUCAACAAUGACUGGAGUAACCAUAAUUAUGAUUUCGUAAUUUUAGGCCAUACAAUCAUGCUCGGGGGCGAUGCAUAUGACAUUACGUUCGAUAUAUAAUAUCACUUAUAUGUCCGUCUUCCGUUCUUUACACUUGUGAAGCCUUGUGUCUAACAUUUUUCUCUAUUCUUCUAUCUAUCCAUUUACAUGUGUGGUAUCAUUUCUACAGUAAAUUAGAAUGAUAUAUUUCUUUAUUCUGUCGAAACUCCAGAGUGCUAUUUUUUGUUUCCCAAGGAAAACUUCCUUCUCUACAUCAUCGGUUAUUAGCCCCUGCUCUCUUCACUCCUAUUUCAUCUACUGUAUUCACCAAUGAAUAUUUGUUUUGCGACAAUGCAUGUAGUAUUAAUUUGUUGAAAGAUUGUUCACAUCAUCAUUGCUGUUAUUUCAACUGUUAUUGUAUACUGUUGUUUAUCUAGAGUAAAUGACCUGUAUAUUCGUAUAUUGGUAAGAAUGGUAAGAGUGGCAAUCGCUAAAUAUCACUCAGACUUUAUUGAGUUUUUAAUGGGACUGAUUUUUUUGUUGGUUAGUUGUUGUAUUACAUUGUUACUUUUCUCUCUCUUUGUACCUUUUCUUUUUUAAAAAUUGCUCUGUUUGUAAAUGAAAUCUUCACUUAUCGAUCAUAAAUUAUUCUUGUUUCGCAUUUCUAUUUACUAUUAUUAUUACUUCUGCUACUGUUUUUUUACAGUUCUCUUUAGUGCAAGAGUAUUUCUAAUACCUUGGACAAAGGCAAUUACAAAACAAUGAUGAUGUAUGUGUACCUAUUGUUUCUAUGUAUGUAUUUUGUCAGUUAUUCUCUUAUCUUGAUAUAUAUAUAUCGAUACAAUAUCAGUCCGUUUCAAUUAUCUCAGCUAUGUUUAUUUUUUUCUGCAAAUUGAAUGUAGAACAGACAAAGAGAGAAAGAGAUAUACAUUCGUUCAUUACGAUGAAAUAGUAUUUCUAAUAAAAAAAAAGAAAGAAUCAUAAUUUAAAUAGCAGACAAAAGAUGAAAUGCUUCCACUUCUCUUCACUUUUUUCCCGAUUCUUUACUUUUAUACUUUUAUUUUUCACGAAAUUUUUUUUCCAGUCUGUCUUAUAUUCCUUUCUGUUUCAAUUCUUUCCUUCGAAAAAACCUGAUUAUUUUUGAAUUGUCAUUACUGUUGUGUAGGUCGGAUGAUAUUUUUGUCUCUCCCUUUUUUUGUAAAAUUGUAUUUAUCAUCAGUAAAAUAUUUCAUCCUUCAAUUAAAUGUUUAUUUAAUCAUACUGAGUAAAUAUUUAUUCAAUAAACCGGAUUAAAUACCAUAAAAGCGUAUUGAAACUAUGUCACUGUUCUCUCUUCUGUUAUCGUGGGCUUGUUAAUCGGUUGAAAUGAUCUUAUAUUGAUUAUUCUUCGUAUGUCAGGCUUUUAUAACAGUUUUGUUGAUAUUCAUAAUCAAACAUCUCAGAAUAAUUUCAAAUAUUUUUUGAAGCUAGUCGCACUCAGCAAUAGUACCUACUUUGUAGUUGACAAUAAUGUCGUAUGAGUAUAAACAGUAAAACCGAGAUAAAAAGAAUUACUGCUCACUUUAAAACAUCCGGAUAUUUUGCUGAUGUUUAAUCAGUUACGGUGAAAGCACCAGUUCCCGUUAGUUUCCUAAAAUUGUGUACUGAUAAUGCGUUGCUUAGUAAUGAUAUGUUGGAGUACCAAUCAUUUUCCCAUGCAUUCGUACUUUUUGUAGUUCUAAAAAGUGCGCACCAUAACUGGACUACGUUCACUUAUUCUCUUAUCGUCUAAAUAAA